CUGGAAUUCAUGUACCUUCAGAAGAUAUUCCAGAAACCAUGGAUGAAGAUUCUUCUUUGAAAGAUUAUACUGUAAGUUUAGAUUCUGACAUGGAAGACCCUUUGAAAGUUCACCAGGACUAUGUUAAUCUUAACUCCAAUCUUAGAGAAGCAGUUAGUCCCUGUCCCAGCUCUGUAAGUGGCAAAUCACAGGCAGGCAGUUCAGCCUCUUCGAGUUCUGGAAUCAAAAUGACCAGCUUUGCAGAGCAGAAGUUUAGAAAACUGAAUAAUGCAGAUGGCAGGAGUAGUGGAAGCAGUUCCCAAAAAACGACCCCUGAAGGUUCUGAAUUAAACAUACCUCAGGUGGUUGCAUUUGGCCAAAUUCAAGAAGAAAACUCUCUGCCACAGGGCAGAGACACCACACAACUGUUGGCAUCUGAAGUUGUCCAGCUGAGAAUGAAAUUGGAAGAAAAAAGAAGGGCUAUUGAAGCACAGAAGAAGAAAGUAGAGGCUGCAUUUACUCGCAAGAGGCAAAAAAUGGGUAGAACUGCAUUUCUCACAGUGGUUAAAAAAAAGGGUGAUGGGAUCUCUCCCUUACAAGAGGAAGCAGGAUGUUCAGAAAAUGAGAAGGUCACUCAGGAAACAUCUGAAACAAAGUCACCAAGAACUUCUGAUGGAACCAGGGUAAGACUAAAUGUAAACAGUUAUCAAUCACCUAGAUGGCCGAAAUCCCCAACAACACCUGUAGAUACUGAGAAAGUUUGGAAUCUUGCAAGUCCAAGUGAGGAAAACAUGGGUGAGGUGGACGUAGUAGAAUAUACACGGUCUAUUGAAAAACUAAAUUCUUCUUUGAACUUUCUUCAGCAGGAAAUGCAGAGGUUAGCUUUGCAGCAGGACAUGUUGAUGCAGAUGAGGGAGAAACAGGCCUGGGUUAUUUCUCCACCUCAACCUUCUCCACAAAAGCAGUUACAGCGAGAAACAAAACCAGCAAUAAAACCCUCUGUUACAUGGUCUCCAGUCCCUUGUUUCACUAUGGAGUCACCUCGCCAAACUCACAGAUCACCCCAGGCUCCAGUUAAAAGGACUGUGUCCUUCUCUUCAAAGCCUCAAAGAACCCCUCGACCCAAUGAACUUAAAAUAACACCUUUAAAUCGUACGUUAACACCUCCACAAUCUGUAGAUAGUCUUCCUCGUCUGCGAAGGUUUUCUCCAAGCCAGACUCAGACCAGGUCGUUUGUAUGCUUUGGAGAUGAUCAAAAUCCGAAUUCACAAGAACUGGAGGCAAAGGAUGAUCUGGAAACUGCUAGUGACAUUUUCAGAAGUGAGGAAUAUGAGAAAGGAUUGGAUACUUAUCAGGCUUCUUGGAAACGUGUAGGAUUAGAGAAAAAACCAAUUUGAAUCAACCGUGUCUGAAGUAUUAUCCCAGCCUAUUGUAGAAACUGUAUGUGUAACACCAAAUGAUGACACAUUCAGCCAGAGAAGCUUCUCCACCUCCAAAAAUGCAAGUUUGAUUGAAGUCCCCCUCUCAAAGUUACAGCCCCCAAACAAGGCACCUGAAGGGAAUGAAGUGGACCCUGAGAAAGAUCUCACCACCGAAGACCAGAAGGUUUGCUGUGGCUUCUUUUUUAAGGAUGAUCGCAAAGAGGAAAAUGAUAUGGCUGCCAAACGUGCUGCUCUACUGGAGAAGAGGUUGCGGAGAGAGCGUGAAAAUCAACAGAAGAAACUGGAGCAGGAAAUGGAGCAAGAGGUGAAGAAAGAGGAGGCCAGGCGAAAGUCAGAAGAAGAACGACAUAAGAAGGAAGACGAGAAGGCCAGGCGGGAGUUUAUCAAACAGGAAUAUAUGCGCAGGAAGCAGCUUAAGUUAAUGGCAGACAUGGAUUCUGUUAUAAAACCUCGAGGGAACCUUGGCAAGUCUAAAAAGCCUCGACCUAAAUCUAUCCAUAGAGAUCAUCAUGCUGAAUCUCCUAGAACACCCACUGGGGGCCCUCCAGUGUCUGCACUUUCCCUGGCCUCUCUGAAUGCAGGUGACAAUGAAAGUGUGAACUCUGAGAAAAGAACACCAAGCCCCUUUAGGUCAGAGUCUGUCGAGGGAUUUUUGUCUCCUGGCCGUUGUGGCAGUCGUAAUGGUGAAAAAGAUUGGGAGAAUGCCUCUACUACUUCUUCAGUAGCAUCAGCAACAGAAUAUACAGGACCAAAAUUAUACAAAGAGCCCAGUGCUAAAUCUAACAAAUAUAUCAUCCAGAAUGCUAUCUCUCAUUGUUGUCUAGCUGGCAAAGUGAAUGAAGGUCAAAAGAACAAGAUAUUGGAGGAAAUGGAGAAAUCAAACGCCCAUAAUUUCCUGAUCCUCUUCCGUGACUCAGGAUGCCAGAGUUCCGAUCAGUGUACACCUACUAUCCAGAAACAGAAGAGAUUAAUAAACUGGUGGGAAUUGGGCCACGCUCCAUAUCCCGGAAAAUGAUCGAUGGCCUCUACAAGUACAAUUCUGAUCGCAAGCAGUUCAGCCACAUUCCAGCCAAAACAAUGUCUGCUAGUGUUGAUGCUGUGACCAUCCACAGCCAUCUAUGGCAGGCUAAGAGACCUGUCACCCCCAAAAAACUCCUCUCGCCCAAGGCAUAG